AUGGGCGCAUCAACCGCGACUUCAAGGGCAUGGUGGCGAACAGCGGUGCCCUCGUCCUCUCUCCUCCCAAGCCCCAACCAUUUUCUGCCCUCCAUGCGUCCCCUGUGCCUCCCACCCUCCCACAGUGAUGUGAGCGGCAACAGCCUGUAUGGGCGCAUCAACCGCGACUUCAAGGGCAUGGUGGCAAACAGCGGCGCCCUCGUCAACCUGGCUCGCAACUUCUUCUUUGGGGAAGCCAUGCUCUUUGCUGCUGGCUGCAAGGUCUGCCCCACUGAAGUCAGCGAGCCCAACAACCUCAGCCUCAAAGACACCUCCAACUGGCGAGUCUCUGACGGCAAGUGCAACAAUGCGCUCCCCUCGUACCUACCUAAAGAAUACUACGCUGUCGCGGGGGCAGGGUUGAAGCUGAGUGUGAGUCUGUCGGGCAACUGCCUGACCCUCAGCCCGAACGCGGAGUGCUCUGUCAACGCCACCCAGCGCAGCACGGCAGCCUGCCAGGCGUUCUGCAGCAUCACGGACAACGGCCCGUGUGACGGCCAUGGGGUGUGUGUGCCGGCUGCCCCUGCCUCUUCCACCAACUUCACCUGCCUCUGUGAAGCCGGCUACUCCUCUCUCGACUCGGGCAACGGCUCCACAUGUGCCAUUGUCAACUCCACUACCACCACUGUGUCGUCACUUUCUACAGGUGCCAUUGUUGGCAUUGCUCUGGGCUGCUUUGCUGGCUUCAUUUUGCUGGCUUUUGUGGUCGCAUGGCUGCUGUGGCCCCGCGGACGAACCAAGGUGGCUGACUUUGGGCUGCUCAAGCGCCUCACUCACGGCGAUUCUGAUGCCACUCGUGUGGCCGGCACUCCGGGCUACGUGGACCCGGAUUACAACCGCACCAACGUCAUCACGGCCAAGAGUGACGUGUUCAGCUUUGGAAUCGUUCUUCUUGAGUUGCUGAGUGGGAAGUCAGCCCAAGUCGACACAAGAACGCAUAUAAGGAAAUGGGCAAUGAAGCUGGUGGAGGCGUAUGAGGUGGAUGAGCUGAAGGACAGCAAGAUGCCGGCAGUAAGCGAGGAGGCCAUAGUGGACUUUGCAGACCUGGCUCUGGACUGCAUCAAGUCUCCCGGCACACGGCGACCCACCAUGAAGGAUGUGGCAUACCGCCUCAGUGCCCUCAUUGACAAACACUGCCCCGACAGGGAGGAUGAGUGGGAGAGUGUCGCGAAAGAAGAGAGUGAAGGUAACAAGGGUAUGUCUUCAAGGGAUGUUUCUGCUGUGUCGUUUGGAGAUGGUGGGAGGGAGUCUGAGAGGUCUCAUGGUUCACAGUCUGGUGUGAGCACAUUUGUGCGCAUUGGCUCGAUAGGUGAUGGCCUCAAGAGUUGGCUGCAAUUGAAGCCAACUAAAGGGCGUUAA